CUCGGCUUUCUCGAGUGAGCUUAGGCUGCGGGGUUGGGCAACCGUGGUUGAUUUCUGUAACGCGGAGGGCCAGCCAUCGCAACAUGAAUGAGGCUGAAGGCCUUCGGCAGCGUCGGCCCGCCCGGCCGCAAGUGAUUACCGAAGAGAACACGGCGCAGGCAACCAAGGAUAGCAGUACUUACAGCAACAGGGUAUUUCGUGUAACUUUCAUGACUUUAGCUCUGUCAUUCAUUAUCCCAUUAUUUGGAGCAAUCAUUUUUCUGGAUUGUCCAAUAGACCCUCAGCCCAUUAGCUUCAAAGAACCUCCUCUUUUUACUGGUGCUUUAGAGCCAAAUGUUAAACUCCGACAAGCAGAAAGACUAUUUGAAAACCAGCUUGUUGGACCAGAAUCUAUUGCAAAUAUUGGUGAUGUGCUGUUUACUGGUACUGCUGAUGGAAAAAUUCUGAAGAUUGAAAAUGGAGAAAUUAGCACUUUAGCUCGACUUGGCCAUGGUCCUUGUGGUACAAGAGAAGAUGAGCCUACAUGUGGGAGACCACUUGGAAUCCGUGCUGGACCAAACAAUACUCUUUUUGUUGUAGAUGCCUAUUACGGGCUGUUUGAAAUAAAUCCUGUCUCAGGUGAAGUCAAGCCACUUGUGUCUUCUAAGAUUCCUAUUGAAGGGAAGAACUUAUCUUUUGUGAAUGAUCUUACAAUAACUCGGGAUGGAAGGAAAAUCUAUUUUACAGACUCUAGUAGUAAAUGGCAAAGAAAAGAUUAUUCCUUAUUAAUCAUGGAGGCUUCAGAUGACGGACGCUUACUUGAAUAUGACACAGUGACAAAAGAAGUCAGAGUCUUAAUGGAAGGACUCCGAUUUCCAAAUGGCGUCCAGCUCUCUCCUGCUGAAGACUUUGUAUUGGUGGCUGAAACAACUAUGGCAAGAAUACAAAGGUAUUAUGUAUCUGGCCUAAUGAAAGGUGGAGAGGAUAUGUUUGUUGAAAAUAUGCCUGGUUUUCCAGACAACAUCCGUUUAAGCAGCUCUGGAGGUUAUUGGGUAGCUAUGUCAGCUAUUAGAGCCAAUCGUGGAUUUUCUAUGUUGGAUUUCUUAUCUGAAAAACCAUGGAUUAAAAGAAUCAUAUUUAAGCUGCUCAGUUCAGAAACUGUGAUAAAGUUUGUGCCCAAGUACAGCCUUCUUGUAGAAUUAAGUGAUACUGGAUCCUACAGAAGAAGCUUCCAUGAUCCAAAUGGAAUGGUGGCAACAUACAUAAGUGAAGCACAUGAAUAUAAUGGACAUCUCUAUUUGGGGUCUUUCCAAUCCCCUUUUAUUUGUAGAUUGGACCUUAAGGAUGUCUAAUUCUGAGUUGAAAGCAAUAAUGCUGUUGCCUUGAAUCACUCUAGAAUGACAAAGAAGGAUGAGUCACACAUUUUGGACAAGGAGGAAGAAUGGAAGCACAGUCAGUCAUGAGCACUGUAACUCUAUUUAACUAGCAGGAUGCAGAAUUAGUCCUCUUCUUACUUAGGCAUGCCAUACCAUAAAACCUGUGAAUUAUCUUGUUUAAGUUCCCUUUAAAAAUGGUGGGCUGUGUAAAAGUUUUUGGUGCACUGUCUAUAGCACCUUUAUUACCUUUCCAUAAGAUAAAUAAAAUACAAAAUUACCUCAUGAAACAAUAUUUGUUGCAUUUAAUAUUUUUAGAAAUGCUAUUCAAAUCUGUUAUAUGUAUGUGGUCGGCUUUUCAAAGUUCAAAAUUUUGUCCUGUAAAUACAUCAUUGCUCUGCAGUUGCUAAUCUUAGAUAUAGUGCAGUGAAUUUAUUUCCAAUUUGGAUCUCUCUUUAUAAGCAUGUUUUAAUGCAUGCACAUUAUAAUAGCAAUGCAUUUAUAGUUGUAUUAAUAAACUGAACAUGACUACAGCUAUAA